GGUAACUUAUAAUGUACGUAAGUUGAAACAGGCACUAUUUAACUUACCUGUGCUCUUACCUGUAAAACGAAGAUAUAAACGAGAUUGUCUUAGUCUCACCUGGCCAUUCUGUGACUGCAGGCUCACCUGUUCACAAGAUAAUACUUUUGCAGUAUAAAGUACUACCCCAAUUAAAAUUGGGUCAAGGUGUGAUAUUAUAGAAAUUGACACAGUUUUUGAGUUGGAUACAUAAGGUAAAAGGAAGAUGAGUUCCGAAGAUGUUGAGUCUCGGGAGUCACUCUUGGACGGACAACCCAAUGGACACGCCAAAGUGGUCAUCGAGCGGCCGGUGUUUUCCCAGCAGAAGUUUGACGAGGGGUUCAGUCCCGGAUCCCGACCCCAGACCACAUUCCGAGAAAGUUUCCUUAAGUCCUGCAGGAAAUGCCAGUGUUCCAAGGACUGCUUCCUAGGAUUUCUCUACAAGAUAUUCCCAUUCAUCGGGAUCAUGAAGGACUACAAUAUCCGGACUGAUCUGACUGGGGACAUUGUGUCAGGGCUGACGGUGGGGAUCAUGCACAUUCCUCAGGGUAUGGCGUACGGGAUGCUGACCACCUUAGAUCCAGUGUACGGUCUCUAUACUUCCUUUUUCCCUGUGAUCAUUUAUUUCUUCUUUGGAACGUCUCGGCAUAUAUCUAUAGGUACCUUUGCAGUAGCUUGUCUGAUGAUGGGUUCAGCCAUCGAGAAAGGUUUGAAGUCUCCAAACGUACACAUCAUAACAACGUGUGUCAACGUGACAAGCUCCGUAACACCGGUCAGCAAUCUGACCAAUGAAACGGUUCAACAGUUCUCGCUGUCUUGUAGUGACAACACGGAGUCCGUGAAGCUACAGAUUGCCAUGGCCGUCACUUUCAUGGUUGGAUUAAUACAGCUUGUGAUGGGUUUGACCAGGCUUGGAUUCGUGACAACCUACUUAUCUGACCCGCUCAUCAGCGGCUUCACUACGGGUGCAGCGUGUCACGUGUUCACUAGUCAAAUUAAGCACGUGUUCGGAAUAUCAACCGAUCGGUACAGCGGGGCUUUCAAACUUAUUUAUACAUAUCGUGAUUUCUUUGGGAACAUUCCUCACACCAACGCCGUGACCCUGAUCGCCUCGGUCGUGUGUAUGGUCAUGAUUUAUGUAGUCAAGGAGUACAUCAACAACAACCCCAAAAUAAAACCCAGGCUCAAGAUGCCUGUACCCAUAGAACUCAUUGCUGUUGUCCUAGGAACUGUGAUAGCCUAUUUCAUUAACAUUGAAAGCAAAUACGGUGUCAAGAUUGUUGGUGAUAUUCCUACAGGACUUCCAGUCCCCACUGUGCCAAACUUCUCUCUCAUGCCCGAUGUCCUCAGUGACGCCUUCGCUUUGUCUAUUGUUGUGUUCGCUAUAUCUGUGUCAAUGGGCAAAAUCCUAGCCAGGAAACAUGGAUACGAAAUUGACUCCAACCAGGAGUUGUUUGCCUAUGCUAUCACCAACAUGGGCAGCUCUUUCUUCUCUUCCUUCGCAACCUCUGCUUCCCUGUCGAGGAGUCUCAUCCAGGAACACGUGGGAGGGGUCACACAGUUGACUGGUCUGGUAUCCAGUGCCCUCCUACUGCUGGUCCUCCUGGUUCUGGGGCCGUACUUCAAAACUCUUCCUAAGUGUGUUCUAGCUGCUAUUAUUAUUGUUGCCUUGAAAGGGAUGUUCCGACAAUUCCUGGAACUUCCCAAACUCUGGAAACUGUCCAAGAUUGACUUCUUGAUUUGGAUCCUGUCUUUCCUCGCCACUGUGAUAUUAGAUGUUGAUCUCGGUUUGUUGUUCGGAGUUGUUGUCGCCAUUUUCACCAUUGUGUACAGAGUGCAAAGGCCUUAUGUGUGCGUUCUUGGACAGAUGCCAGGAACGGACAUUUAUCGUGAUGUAUCCGUUUACAAAGAGGCAGUAGAAAUCCCCAGGGUAAAGAUAUUCCGAUUUGAGAACGCUAUAUUUUUUGUGAGUGUGGAACACUUCAAGAACAUGUUGUUUAAGUACACGUGCAACCCCCGUCACGUGAAGCAAGACAUUGAAGCGGCAGAAAACAAAAUCCGGAAGGAGAAAGCCAACUUUGAAAAGAUAACAUUCCAGAACACUACAAAUGAGGUGGAGCUACGAGUGACGAACGAUGACAUCACGGAAUUCUGCCCUACAGUGGAGGUUCCCGAUGUGGGCAUCGACACGAUUAUCUUAGACUGCUCCACGUGGAGUUUUAUCGACUCCAUGGGGGUUAAAGCUUUAACAUCAGUUGUUAAUGACUUCAGGGAAGUAAACAUCAAGAUUCACCUAGCAUUUUGUAAAGCUGGUAUCCGUGAAAUGCUUGAGAAGACUGGUUUCUUCAGCUGCCUGAACAGGGACAAUUUGUUCGUGUCUAUACAUGACGCUGUCUUACAUACUCAGCAUCAAAUUUCCAAUUCUGAGAGUGACUCGGAUUCACCAGUAGAUGGCUCCACUGAGAUCGUUGUACGAUCUGUGAACGGGACGACAGAAUCCACAGACGUCAAAUCGUGAUAGAAAUAAAACACCUUCUCCGAGCUCUUCCCUCUGCAGUUUCUCAGGAGUUCAAAAUAGACUCUACAUCGAAAACAUAUCCAGGAAACCAGAAAAGUUCCAAUUUAAAGAUAUGGCGGAAACAAAACAUGAUUGGCGCACGUGUAUUGUAAUAAUGAUAUGCAUUCGCAUGAAAAUAUCAUGCCCGAAAAAUUUCAGUGUUCCUUUUAAUGAAAAGGGGAACAAAUUCAAUUAGAUUUUUUGUGUGGUUCUUAUCUGAUUUUAAAUAAUGGAAUUUAGUUUGGUUUAAAACUGAGGGUACAAAUGCACUUAGAGAGUAUGUUCUAUAUUUAGAGUGAUGUACAUGUAAUUAUAAUCAUCAGAAUGAUAUACAUGUACAAAUGUAAUUAUAAUCAUCAGAAUAGUAUGUAUUUUAUUUUAUACAUGUAUAUGUCAUCUCAUUCCUUUUGAACCACUCUAAAAAUAGCUCGGAGUCCUUAUUUGAAAAAAAAAAUGUUUGCUGAUUUUGUCGUUUAAGAAAAAAAUCAGUGGAGAGUUUUCAAUACAUGUAGUUUAUUUUUGUAAUAGAAUACCAUAGGUUAAUAUUUGUCAAUUUAUAUUUAUUUUGGGAUAUGCAAGAGGUACAGUAGAAAUAAUAUUUUCGGGAUAAACAGUAUUAUAUAUAUAUAUUAGUAUGCAUCAUAUUUUAAAGAACCUCAGCUAUUAAAGUUUUCAAAUGAUCAUUAUGAAAUUUCAUUUUCAUCAUGUUCAUAGUUUAUCUACAGUGUAAUAUUCAAAUGUAUUUUGUUGAAUAUUAUAUAGUUGUUUUAACAUAUUUAUUUUUAAUAGGCAACUGUGACACAAAAGAGGGGAAAAAACCCAAGAUCUAACAUCUUUAUGUAACCCUGUCAAGCAGAUGAACCUAAUAUGUUUAAAAUUUUUAUGGUUUUAUUUACUUUGAGUCUAUCCACUUUUGCUGAGUAUAAGUUAUACAUGUUGAAUUCCUGAAUGUUUAUACACCAUACUGUAAAAAAAAAAGAUAAACCUAUGGACAAAAAUGUUUUUAAAUUAUAAAAGUUCUUUUUCUGUCGAUACAAAAUUAUUUAUUUAUUUGUACAUGUAUUAUUUGAGUUGGUAUGUAUUUUACAUAAAUAAUAAUAUAUAUACAUGUAUAUACUGUCAUUGGUUUUACUGAUAAACAAACAUGUGUAUGUCAGUUCUAUAUGUGAUUUCAAAAGUAAUGCAAAGUGUUUGUAGGAUUGAAAUUGGUUCCAAGAGUAUGAUAUGCUUUUAUUGAUGACAAUUGACAUGUUGUUUGACUUGUACAUGUCCUUGUAUGUGAAAAGGAUUUGGAAAUCUUUCAUAUUCAUAUUAGAAUUCAGACUUUAGUCAAAAAUGAUAAAUUUUCAUUAUUAUAUGACUGUGAUUUAUAAGGAAGCCCCUAUUUAAUGUUAUUCUGUAGCCAUACAGAUUGGAAUGAAAAUGAUAAUUAUUAUAAUAUGUAAUAUAUGGUAAAAAAUAAACCCAUUUGAUUUACUGGAUUAAAAGCCACUUAUUGUGGCAGAGUUAUGAUUAUACCAGGGCUUUAAAAUCUAUUUUGAUGUCAGUAGAUUUCAUCUUUAGUAAUCUUCCCCCUUUGUGUUAUGUCUUAAAAUUUGAAUUCAUUAAUUUGAAUUAUAUGAAUUCAAAUAGAAUGGCUGAGAACGCUUAUUGAAGUUAUUCAUUUUCUAAAGCAUGUUUAUUUAUCUGAAAAUUGACUUUUCAGAUUUUGUUAUACUGUACAAUAUUGUAUAAUAUGGUACGUUACAUCAUCUGUCCAACAGCUAUUUAUUUUUGUAAAUAAAGGUUGUUCAUACGAUA